CAAUCGUCAUGUCGCUGUUCACGGUACGGAAUUGGUGGAAAACGCAAUGUCCUACCAUUGAACCAGCGUACGAUUCCUUCUCGUUGCAUUGUGCCCGGUUGUGCAUCGAGGAGGGCGAGAAGGAUAGCCUAGUGGUUGGAUCCCAUUCCGGACAGCUAUGCAUCUACCGUCCGUCCGGAGGGACUGCAAGUCUGCCCGACCUUGAUGCAGAGGACGCGGUUGAAGAGCAGCAGAAGCAAGGCUCUACCAUCAGCGAACCGUUUGAGAAUGUGUUUCAACAUGCGGAUGUGAUUCUGGAGGUGCAGCUAGCGUUACCGGUGCUGGGUAUUAGCAGUGGAAAGUUUACUACGACAAACAAAACCGAUCCCCGUCUUCAGCUGGCCGUGCUACAUCCAACGAAACUUUGCAUCUUUCAAAUAGUAACAGUAGACGGGCUAGCGGAUCAUGGAGACCAUACGCGGCUCGUCACCCUCUAUGACCAUCCGCUCUCCAAACCAGCCUUCUCCAUGUGCCACGGCCCGUUCGGUGAGGUAAAAGGGCGGGAUUUCCUGUGCGUGCAGCAUUUGGACGGUUCAUUGCGAUUCUUCGAGCAGGAUGGUAUCAGCUACGAACGUACGCUGGGCACCGAUCGGCACAUUCCUGCGCCGAUGCACUAUCUGCCACGGGUCGAUUGUUUCGUCACGGUUGCACCGAGCUGGGUGUUGGAAUGCUACCGCUAUCAGGAUGUUGCCGAAGCGCUGGAAUCUUUACGCCGGCACGAUCCGAUCUGGUCGCUGUGUGUUGGAGAGUAUGCGCUCGAUCUGCAGGUGCAUCAAAUUUCCAACACGGAAUCUGUCAUAGUGAUGUUGGGCGAAAAUAAUUUGCUGUGCGUGUCGGACACCGGUAAGGUACGUUUUAUUAAAAAGCUGGACUACUCGCCGAUCUGUUUCCAUUCGUUCGUUACCGGAUGGUACUGGGAGCCCGGAGCCAGAUUGAUGCUUGCGGUUGUAUCUGAAAGUGGUUCCUUGCUGCUGUACGAAAGUGAUCAAAUUAUCUGGUCUGCUCAGCUCGGCGACGUUCCAGUGGCAAUUAGUCGUGCCAAUGUAACCGGACUCCCAGGUGCUCUAGUAACGUUAGGCGCUACAGGCGCUCUCACGAUCGGAUAUCUCGGUUCCGAUCCGCAAUUAUUCCGUGUGCCAGCUCUCAACCUAGCACCAUUUGAAAUCGCUCGCUGUCAGAAGGAACUGCUAGAAUUGGAACGAGAAAUUCGCACCGGAGUAGAUCCGAGCGACGCAAGCAUUGCAAACGCGGCCGCUGAAAGGGACGUCAAGCUGUACCUCAACACUGGUGAGGAAACGGUUGCCUGCACCCAUGCGACAAACAUUCCGCCGGGAGUGGUAAUUGAAAUGUGCCAACUAAGUAUGACGGUACAGGUGGAACCGAAGCUCGAAGUCUUGCAGCUUACCGUCACCACCGACCAAGCGAUCGGAUGCUCUAAGGAUGCAUUUCUUUUUCGUGAUGUAGAAGCACGAAGUACGGAACGGUUUGACGUGUGGCUGUAUCCGAAAGAAGCCAUCGUACCAGCUACGCGCACCGUAACCGUGUACUGUUCCUACACCAACAAACAGGGCAUUACAAGGGUGGUACAGAAAGCGAUUCUACUCCCGCUGAAGCUAUUGCUCAAACCGUGUCAAGCAUCGAAGGAAGCCCAACACAAACUAACCCUGUCAGUCGUUACGGCGCAACAGAACCAUUUGGGACAACUAUUUCCCGAAUUUUCCUCCGAUGGCAGCAGUGCCAGCGCAAUCGGUGUACAACCAAUUGGCGGUGGAGAUGGACGUAAAGUUACGAUAGUGGCGGCCAAAAACACAAAUCGUUUUCGUAUUCAAUCGGAUGAUCUUGGUAUGAUUGCUCUUGUAUUGGAAUGUCUCAUAGAACGGCUACAGGGACGGGAAAUCGUUGGACAACCAGCUGAAUUGGAUGGAGUGUCCCGUAGGGAAUCCUCCAAGGUUCUGGUAACCAUCAACGGAAUUCCUUCGAUCAGUGGACUAAUGAGAGCUUUACAAAUGCAUUGUGAAUUACGAAAAGCUGUUAAGCAACUAGAGACCGAACUUGAGGUUACCACUGGCCAGAUGCGCUUGUUCGAGCGUCGGUUCGUCGUCAAGCUGCAGGAGCGUUCCUUGCGUGCCCUCGAUGGAAUAUUGAUGCUUCUCAAACGCAACCACAGCUCGGUAGCUAAGGUUUGUCAACAAUUAAAACUCAUGCGUCAAAGGAUGAAGCUAGCUCAGAUUGAGCUGGCAGCCAUUUUGCGCCUAUUUCACCUCUGCUACACGCAUACGGCCAACGCACCCAGUACGAAACAUUUCGAUCAUCUCACAGGACUCUUGAUGCACUCCGUAAUCGAUAGCACGGAACAAAGCUACGAGGAGAUGCUACUUCCCGUUGUACGGUUUUUGGAUCAAACGGGUCCGCUGAAAAACACCAGCGAACAGCAGGACACAUUCGAUGAAGCUUUCUUUUACAACGCCAAACAAAACGAACGAGCCGAUGUGGAUGUUACCAUCCACAGUGAAUUGUUGCAGAACCAGCUGCAGCGUUUUCUCGGGCGAGUAAAUGAUCGUUUCGGUAGCACAGUCAAGCCAUCCGGUAGUGGUAGUGGACGGAACAGUGUUGACUUUGAGGAUCAACCACUACCGGAAGCUCAUAAUGAAGACGCAGAGGAUGAAGAGGAAGAAGCUAAUCGGAUCGAUGGAUCGGAAUUUGCAAAACUCGGUUCUACCGCUAGCGAAUGGGUUAAUUACGAGAAGAUGUCCGAUCUACCGUUGUAA